CCAUUGUUCCCUUUGUGCGAGCAAACAAGGACAUCUCGCCGGCUUGAUAUGUGGGGCAACAGUUUGACCGGACCCAAGGCUGAAAUAGCUGCAUGUGCAUAGUUGCAUCGAUAGCAGUACUGUUAAAAGCAGAAUUUUGACGUCUGAACUGUAGAGUGACUGUUGUUCAUAUCUUAAGCAUGAAUUUUUCAGCGAUCAAAGAUUACAAGGGAGACGGUAGAUACUAUGUUCAUGCAGUCAUAGUGCGCAAUCUCGACAAGCUUACUUUUCGACCGGAGGAUGACAUCAUAGACGUUGGUUGUGGUACGGGCGAAGAGACGAAAGCAUUAGCGAGGAAAGUUAACAGCGCAACAGGCAUUGACACUUCAGAUGAGAUGCUAGCCGUCGCUCAUGCCAACAACUCGGCACCCAAUAUAACUUACAAUUGGGGAGACGCACGGACCAUUGGAGACAACCCGGACUAUCUGGGAAGAUUCGACAAGGCUGUCAGCUUCUUCGUUCUUCACUGGUUCCCGGACCACGCUAAGGCACUCAGGAGCAUCUUGGCUUGUCUCAAGCCGGGAGGGGAGGUGCUGCUCAUCGUGAGUAAACCAACAACGUUUGCAAAGGAGGCACUUGCUUUUCUAAGCAGUCACGCCAAGUGGGGUGAAUACAUGCAGGCCUACAAUAGUCCGUACUACUUCUGGAACCAGUCAGUUGCUGAGAUGGAACAGCUGUUUGAGAGUUGUGGUUGGACCAACCCAAGGUCUGAGAUACAAUACUUCUUGCCAGAAACAGAGCUGCGAACGAAAAUAUUUUUGAAGACAGUUUGGGCAGCAUCAACGCAAAUACCGGAGUCGGACCAGGAAGCGUAUUUGGAGGAUCUCUGGCAGUGGGCGUUGUCUCGAUACCCGGAUGAGACUCGACCAGGAUAUGUCUUCUUUCCGAUACAGCUGUUGGUCACACACGCUUCAAAGCCGCUCUAAAGUCGCCGAUUGUCUGCGAUGCUCUCUGUUUAGUGGGAUAAUUUAAUAUUUGCCAUUUCGAAGGAAAUGGUGUUGAGCAAAAAGAAAGGGGGUGGUAUUUAGAGGAUUCAGGAUGUUGCUAAAGUCGGAGGGUUCGUUAUAUUUCAAAUUAUCCACGCUAUUUUUUUUCUUUUUCUGAACAAAUCUUUAAGCUCUGGCAGGAGCUUUUACAUGUCACUUGGUGGUCGGUCGGUCGGCACGUCUGUCACCGGAAAAUUGACCAAAAUAAGCCUCAUACUUAGUGUUCCAUUAAAUAUAACUAUAUACCAAAUUAUAUUUUUCAAAAAAAACCAACAAAAUUAAUUAAAUACAUUAAAAAAAAUUGUUAAAAUUCAGAAAGAUGUUUAUAAAAAGUUUGUAAACGGAGGUAAAAUUUAUGAACUUACCACCCCCCCCCCAUAUUUUGUAAAGAUUGCCUUUUUCCAUCAAAAUGCCCCUUUUUCACCAGCGCAUACCCCCCCCAAAAAAAAAAAAUUGUAGAGUGCCAAUCUUUUGUUCAAAAGUGCCCUUUUCUAAAAAAUUCCAUUAUAAAAAAAAAGUCGGGCUUGUUUUUUGUGGCAUCAGCCGUUACGGGUGCCUUUUUCUUAAAUUUCGCGCCGGGUAUCGCCCUGAAAAUUGUCCGUUAGUGUGCAUAGUCGUCGCUUUUGAACAGCGCCCCAUCGAGAGAUGGUACCCCCCCCCCCCCCCCCCAACAGACACACACCCACGUGUGUUCACCGUCGAUCGUGGACGUCCUAUUGUCCCUCUUUUGUUUGUACUUUUUAGGAAGACUCCCACAUGUUUUGUACAGACCCAAAUCGUGGACGUAUGCUGGGAAUCGUGGACGUUAGAUAUUAUUCUCUUUUGUUCUCUGAUAUUUUUUGUCCACGCUUUGAAAAGAUGAACAGUACACAGCCACACACCCACACUUAGCAUAUGGGGUUUGUGGGGUACCACUAUUGUUUGACCCUUAUCCCCUUCUUUUGUUCUCCUUUGUCCAACACAUAGCGUUGCCGUUAGGGCUAUGGGGUACUUCAAUUUCUAAAGACGGACUUGCGGGGUACCAUUGUCCCUACUGUUGCCCUUUGUUCCCGGUACCCCAUAA